UAUUAAGACCUGAGAGCUAAACAAGUCCACUGUCCAGCCUCUCUCUCUCUCUCUCUCUCUCUCUCUAGUAACUAUAACAGCAUAAUUGCAAAAAACCUCGCUGGUUGCAAUAUUGCCACAUGCUUAUAUUGUAUGGUCGUUGAUUAGAGAAACUCUACAUUUAUUGAUGAAUAUUGACAACGACAUGAUGCCCAGUACUGAGUCAUAUCGCCCAACAUCCACCGGGGAAACGUACUCAGUGUCCCCACCACAGCAAAUGGAUCUGACUGACUCUAGCUCACCUGAGGAUUUUCAAGUAUAUGAACCCAGGAAAUUUACAUUUGAAGAACUAGCAAUUGCAACUUGUCAUUUCUCUAACAACGAACUCCUUGGCAUUGGUGAUUUUGGUGAUGUCUAUAGGGGAUACCUUCCAAGUGGUGAGGUCAUUGCUAUUGAGAAACUUAAAUAUAAGCGGGAAGGACAACAGGAAGAAGAAUUCAAGAAUCAGAUUAAGGACUUUGGCAUUGUGUCUCACCCAAAUCUUGUUAAGCUGGUUGGCUACUGCGGUGAAGAAACAGAAAGAUUGCUUGUUUUAGAGUUUGUUCCCAACAAAUCUUUGAGAUUUCACCUAAGCGAUGUAAAGCAAAGAUCAAAUUUGAAGUGGUAAAAAAGAAUGCAAAUUGCCAUAGACUCUGCGAGAGAUUUGGCAUAUCCACAUGAAAAAUGUGAGUAAUCUAUGUCAAUCAAGGUUUGCUAUAUAUGCUCUUUUAGCAAUUG